GGCCAGCGCUGACUGGUGACCACGCUCAGCAUCCCCGUGCAAGCCUUGAUAAGUUUUCCCACAAUGCAGUGCGCUUCUGUCAUGGCUGCUCACUGAUGCCACUUGCACCACAUGGGUGGAAAUAAACAUUAUAUCUGUGACUGAAUAUCUUUGAGUGAGGAACACAUACGUGGCCCAUUAAUAAAGCGAUUAAUCGUCGGCUUCGAUCUGGGACCGUCCCGACUGAAGGCAGCGGCUCCUUCACCUGAGCGGGAACCAGAGGACUUCAGUGAUGCCGCUGGACGUAGAGCUCUCCGUCCUACGAGGCUUUUUAACUCACAGCGAGGCGACGGAAUGGAAGCAGAAUGUUUUCAUCACGGCAGAGGCAGGCUCCCUACUGGAGUCCCUGAUGGAAGGGGACUUUGAGGCGGUGCUGCUGAGUCCUCAGGUGUUGGAAUUGCUCGCUGGAGAUGACAGCUGCAGUGAGGGGGAAGACAUUGAGUCCUAUCUGGAGAGACGAGUCCUACUGUACAUGACAGGUGGCCCCAGCAAAGACCAGACCAACAAGGAGAUGGUAGUGAUGGCCCUGGCCGUCUCUUGCCUCCACUUGUUUGUCCAGAGCAACUGGACUGGACCUCCAAUCUCCAUCGAUAUCUCAGACCUGCUGCCUCCAGCCCUGCUCUCCACACAGCCCCAGAACCUGGCAGAGGCUAUCCACUGUAGUCUGCUCCUGGAUGGGGAGUCGGUGUACAGCCUGGUGGCAAACCCCUUCCUCCUUCUGCUGUCCAGGGUUAUUCUCACCAAAUGUUCCUCCAAGAUGGACAGCCUGCAGCUGCUGCCCUGGUGGACUCUACGCUACAUCAGCCUGCACCAGCAAAUCCUUGAGGCUCGGUCACCAGAGCUCCUCAGCCUGGCCCACAGUUGCAUGCACAAAGUGCUGAGGUACCAGUCUCUGUUGUCGGAACACAGAAACCUGUUGAUCCAGUUCCACCUGGAGUGUGUCUACAUCAGUCUGACCUACUACGAAUACCAGCCAGCCAUGGAACACAUCAAAAAGGCACAGGAGCUCUCAGGGCUGGAUAUUAACAUGACUGGUGCCCUUGGCAAACGGACCCGUUUCCAGCAGAAGCACUUGGCUCAGCUCAUCCUAGAGGUCAAGAGAAAGCAGGACCAGCCUGGCCAAAUGUCUGAGGCCAGUCCCGUUCCUACACCUCAGGCCUGCCUACCGAAGGACUGCAGUCUGGGUGAUGACACCGUGUUGGAUAAGCUCAAUUUAGCGGAGCCAGAUCAAUACAAGCUGCCUGACCUCAGUGCAGAGGAGCAGGCUGUUAUCCUGGGCGUCUGCACUGAGUUCCAGAAGAGUAACCCUGUGCACAAACUGACAGAAGAGGAACUCCUAGCCUUCACAUCUUGUAUACUGUCUCAGCCCAAGUUCUGGGCUGUAGAAGUCACAGCACUUUUCCUCAGGACCAAACUGGAAAAAGGAAGCUCCCGGUGUGUUGAGAGAGCCAUGAUGCAAACCCAGGCUGUAGUAGACCACUUCGAAGACAAGAACUGUCCAGUCACCGAGCGGCUCAAAGUCUUCUACUGCUGCCGAGCCCCAACGAGAUGGGCUGUCCAGAAACAGCUGGCCAGCCUGCUGACAGACCUCGGCUGCAUCAGUUCAGCUCUGCUCAUUUAUGAAAAGCUGGAGCUCUGGGAGGAUGUUGUUAUCUGCUAUGAGAGGCUGGGCCAACAUGGCAAGGCUGAGGAGAUUGUUCACAGGGAGCUGGAGAAGAAGGAGACACCCAGUCUGUACUGCCUACUGGGAGACAUCCUAAGGGACCAUCAGUACUACAACCGGGCGUGGGAGCUGUCGGGCAGACGUAGUGCCAGAGCCAUGCGUUCCAAAGCCCUGCUGCACCUCCGCAACAAGGAGUUCCAGCAGUGCAUCGACUGCUUUGAGCAGUCACUCAAGAUCAACGCCCUGCAGCUUGGUGUGUGGUUUUCCCUCGGCUGUGCCUAUUUUGCCCUGGAGGGUUAUGAGGGAGCUGCCAAGGCUUUUCAGAGGUGUGUGGGACUAGAGCCAGAUAAUGCAGAAGCAUGGAACAACCUUUCUACAGCUUACAUUCGCCUUCAAAAGAAAAACAAAGCUUUUCAUACCUUGCAAGAGGCCCUCAAGUGUAAUUAUGAGCACUGGCAGAUAUGGGAGAACUUCAUUGCAGUGAGCACUGACAUCGGGGACUUUGCUGAAGCCAUUAAGGCCUACCACCGUCUGAUGGACCUCAGAGAAAACUACAAGGACAUCCAGAUUCUACAGAUCCUAGUAAGAGCAGUUGUUGAAAACCUGACGGACAGCCAGGGUGAGCAGGCAGUAACCCUCCAGCCCAAACUGAAGGAGCUCCUGGGUCGAGUCAGUUCCCGCCACAGUGGUGACUCAGAGAUAUGGCGGCAGUAUGCCCUGCUGUAUGGUAAUGGCCGUAGCUCCAACCCAGACGACAAUGAAAAGGCUCUACAGUUCCUGUCCAAGGCCCAUCGCUGUGAGGUUCAGACUGGUGUUUGGGAUAAAGAACCUGGUCUCUUCAAGGAGGUGAUGAAAAGAGCCAUUGAUAUAGGAGAAGUGACCCUCAGCUGCAGUAAGAAGAAGAGUCAUCCAGUAGAUGCUCUUCAGAUGCUCUCUUCCACCCGCCUCAGCCUCAGGAGUCUGGUCACCAAAGCUAAGCAAAUGCACACAGAUGUGGCCACAGGUCAGGUCCACAGUGACCUGCAGGAUGGUGUCGCUACUCUGGAGCAACUCAUCGCCGAGCUGCAGGAGCUGAGUGCAAAGCUGCGGGACCAGUCACAGUGAGCGUCCUCACAGAUGGGCCCCCAGCUGUGGCUCUGAAGGCUCCCUGAUAGUCAAGUCAUCAAAGACUAACAGUGACUCUACAAGUUUAGUCAUCAGCCUUGAACCUCUUUAAAGAAAAUAAAACUAGAUUGGAAGGACAAAGAACUCAGUAUGUCAUCAUGAUGUUUUUUUUUGUUUGGUUUUUUUUUUUACUUCUACCAUGGUCCCUUAA